GUGAUAUCAUUUGGCGCCAAAUUCCGCGAGUCCGUCCCCGUUGUACAGUGAACUGAUGCGGCAGAGGGAAGUUCUUCAUCUAUAGAAGUUUCUUCGAUUCGUUUUCAUGGCCACUCAAACUCUUCGUCCUCCUUACUUCUCCGAGGAUGUAGCAUGGGUACCAAGUUGGCUUCAGAAUCUUAGAAAUGACGGGUUUAAUGAAUAUGUAAAGGACUCUCAAGCUCCUUCCAACCAAGCGGAGAAGGAUUUGGCACCUUCUCCAAAAUAUGGUAUUGAUGUCAAAGACGUCGAUGUAUUAUCAAGGGAAGAAGGUGGAUACAGGAGUUGCCAUUUAUUCUUAUCUGGAAGUGAUAGUUCAUCUCUCAGUGUUGCUCCAUCUCCUGGAAAUGUGUUUCAGUUUAGUCUGCAUCUUUCUUCGGACGUCGAUUCACUCUUUUGCUCAACUCAAGAUUUGAAUCAAUCUCAUCAUGCAGUAGCACCAAGUAAAGCUUUGUCAUUGCAACCUGCUCAAACUUCCGUUGAUUUUGGAGAGAAUAUGCAUUCCAUGACAGGCAAUCAAUCUCUUCAUGCAGUUGCACCAAGUGAAGCUUUGUCAUUGCAAUCUGCUCAAACUUCCGUUGAUUUUGGAGAGAAUAUGCAUUCCAUGACGGGCAAUCAUGCCUGUGAACAAGAUGUGAUGGCAACAUUCAUUCCUGAAACAAAGAAAAAAAAUUCUUUAAAAUCUCUGAUCCAUACAUUUGAUUCUGUUAAACAACAGAAAGAAAAACCGAAGGACGAAUGUUUUGAAAGUAAUGAUAUCAGUGAUGCAGUUGAACUUUCUAUUGCAGCAUCUGAGGCACUGGUCAUACAUGACUUAGUAAAGAUGGAGUCAGUAUCAGAAACAUUGAGUACAGAAGCUGUACUUGAAAUUGCACUUCGUGUGAAGCAGGCACGUCUUGAGGGGUUAGAAGAUGGCUUCUUUUCAUCAAGUAUGGAAUCUGACUGUAGUGAUUCCCUUUCCGAUUUAAAUGAUUUCCUUAUGGAGGAUGCCUAUGCAGAUAUAGGCUUACCUGUUGGUGUUUCCUGUGGAGAAAAUCUUUCCAAUUCAAAUGUAUUUCAUGCGAAAGGUGUGUCUGGUGAUGAAAAUUAUAAUGAAGGCAAUAAUAAACAUAAUGAUAGAGAGCUUACAUCUCAACUCGCCAAAUUUGAUGAUAAAUCUGAACAAAAGAAGUGUGAAGUCAACGUGGAGGCGGAAGCGCAGCGAAUUCCAGAUUCACCUCCACAUUCUUUAUGUGGCGAGAGGGUGAUGCAUUCUGAUCAUCCUGAUUUGGCUGCUAAUACUCCUAUACAUUUUGUGAAUGAUCUUCUUACAUCCAAUCAGUUCAAAGAGAAGAAUAAUACCAAUGAUUUACCCCUCAGCAAAAAAGAUGAUUUGGCUAUGGCUGAUUUUACUUCAAUCAAGCCACAACAUAGUGUCAACUCUUCACUUUUUCAGACUUCUGAAAAUUUCAAAGAUGUGAAAAAUGAGAACUGGGCAGCUUACCUAGCUCCAGAAAGAUUUAGAAGCCGCUGGUUAGGGGGUUGGACAUCUAAGGAAUUAGAUUCACCUUCAUUGCCCGAUUCAAAAAAAGCUUCACCUUCAUUGAACCUGAACAAUGAAAAACGGAUUCCAAAGUUUCUUGUCAGGGAGACAAGCUUUCUUACAGAAUCUGCAGACAUUAUUCCAGAUGAGAACUCACGUCUGCUGAAACAUGAUCCCAAGUGUGUCAGAGAGACAAGCUUUCUUACAGAAUCUGUAGAUAUUGUUCCUGAUGAGAGCUCAUGUGUGCUGAAACAUGACCCCAAGCGGGCCAUUAGUUCUCAGCUAAGUAUGCACUGUGAAGGUUCACACAACAAACCCGAUGAGGGUGUAUUGCAUUCUCAAGAUAUGGUUGGAUGUUCUAGUCUGUCAUUGAACGAUCCUCUUUGUUCAGUUGUUCCAUGUAGCUUUGCUUCAGAACAUGACAAUUACAAAACUCAUAUUGACAAAGAAAACGAUAUAGAGUAUUUGGCCCCGUUAGUCUCUGACUUUGAGGUGGACAAUUGUCAAAGGAUCUCAGAUAAGAAUACUACAUUCGACUGUAGAGACGAGAAAAUCACAUCUAUAAUAGAUGGAAAAGAUAUUCUACUUACUUCAACAGAGGUUGUCGAACAAAUGUCUGAGAAGUUAACCAGGGUUGAGCAUACUUGUCUUAAGACUUAUAGCAUGAUCUUACAAAACCAAGAUGUUAACCAAAACUGUAAUUCGACACCACUUUCAACUAACCAAAGUGAUAUUGCUGCUGCAUCUUUGGGAACAAGGGUUUCAGAGUCUCCCUCUGCAUUCGAGCAUUCAAAUGAAAACAAAAAUGAAGUAAAUCAUCAACAUUUGAUUGAUCAAAAGUCAAUUAUACAAAUAACCGAUGACAAGAGUGAUGAGUUAAAAGCCUCAGAACUGACACAUGAGAGGAGGUCACCUAUUAAUCUAAACCAUAGGACACGCCACCGCUUACUGGGUCCUAAAACUUCUGUAAAUGAUAUCAGUAUAGAGAAAAAUAUAAACCAAUAUGUAGUAGCAGAAACUGUUGUUCAGCAUCAACAGAACAAUAAUCUUAUUAAGGUACAAGUUGAGUGCAAUAAAUCCGUUGAUGGACAUGUUAAAGUCAGAAAGCAAGUACAUUUCUCAGAUAAAGUGGAGGAGCUUCAUCAAAAAAGGAAAUUGUCAAAGUUGGAAUCUUCAGAUAAAAAAUGUUCAUCUAUUAGAGCAAAAAGGCAACGGGUUUCCAAGACAUUGACCACUUCUGCACCUCAUAUGAAACAUUCUUUGACAGAUUAUUGCAGAGGUGCAAGGAAUGAAUUCAUAUUUCGAGGUAGAGAGUUCCUCCUCACUGGAUUAUCUAGUCAGAAGGAAAGGGAGUUGGAAGCACUUAUAAGGAAUUCUGGUGGGGUGAUACUUUAUGAUAUUCCCUCUCCACCAAAUUCAAAGGGAAAAAGAAGUUCAACCUUAUCUUGCUUGCAGCUUCCUAUUAUUCUAUGUAACAAAAAGCUGCAAACCGCCAAAUUCUUGUAUGGUUGUGCUGUUGGUGCCUCAAUACUAAGAGUUGACUGGCUUACUGAUUGUCUUGCAUCUGGAACUAUUUUACUACCUGAAAAAUACAUGAUUCUUCCAAAUCGAAAUGACAUGAAGUGGACCAGAUCUGGGAAGGCAGUUCAUCGCAGAAACCAAAAACAUAUUUUUGAAAGAGUAGGCAUUAUGCUUCACGGGAAGCAUAGUUUCUGCACCAAAUUUGCAUGUAUCAUUAAGCAUGGAGGUGGACGGGCGUUCAAAACUCUUCAAUGGUUAGUUCGGAGCACCGAUGAAGAAAGGACUUUGAUGGGAGCUAUUGUAGUUGAAGAAAAGGCCACGAUAUCACGUCACCUGAAGUCCUGUGCUUUGGAGCGGGAUAUUCCUAUUAUGACUUCUAGCUGGAUCAUCAAAAGCUUAUAUUCUGGAAAUUUAAUUCCUUUGACGGAAGAAAACAGUACGCUUUCACUCCGAUCUGUUCAAGUCCCAGAAGUUCGAAAUGAUGUUGAUAUGAGCGAAGAAAUAUAAAUUUUUUCAACAUCAAUGAUUACUAUAUACUGUAAACAUUAGUCCACAUAACAGCAUAAUUUGCACUCAAGAUAUAGACAUGCACAUUUUCAACUGCAUAAUUUAAUUAAAUUUUUAUUUAAAAUGUAUAAAAAAUGAUAUUAAGUUCA